AUUGUGGGCGGCUGCCAGCCCGCCGCCCGCCGCCGCCGCCGGGCCGGCUGGGGGACCGUCCCGUCUUGUCAGUCGGCGGCAGAGUCGCGUGGGGCGAGGUGUGGUUAUAGUGGUGCGGAGAGGAGCAGCUCAGACGGCGCUACAGGCGUAAUCGACUGCAGAUAGCUGACAGGUCAAGCUGACAGACGGGGUGGGGGCGGCGGAAGUUGUGAGCUGAGCCGAGCGGCAGUCAGCCUGUCCCCUGAGCCUCCACGGAGAGACACCGGGACGGGAGGACGGCUGCGGCGCAGACCGGCGCCAGUGACGGCGGUGUGACUGUGUGACGUUGUGGCGCUGACGUCAGUGACGUCAGUGUGACGUCGUGACGUCAGUGACGCUGUGACGUCAGUGUGACGCCGGCGCGGUGCGAUGACGCGCGGCCGGUACCAGGUGACGCGGCUGGGAGAGGACGAGGGGGCCGCUGCCGGGCCUGGCUGCUGCCGCUGCUCCCGGCCCGUCCGGCUGGCGCUGCUGGUGUUGGCGCUGGUGCUGGUGCUGGCUGCAGCGGCCGCAGUGACCGCUGUGGUGCUGCUGAGACAGGAGGAGCACAGGAGCGCAGUCUACCCGGCGGACGAGUCCCGCUUGUACCGCGGCGGACCCGGUGUCACCGAGGGUGACAUGCUGGGUCUCAACACCAGCUCUGGCGAGCUGAGCGCCACACGCGACCCGAAGCGCCUCUGGCCGCUGGGAGCUGUCGCCUACCGCACAGAAGCCGACAUCGGCUGCCCCUACUCGGCCAGGUGCGCUGUGCUGCUGACUGCCAUGGCCGAGUACAGCGGCCGUACGUGUGUCCGCUGGCAGUCGGUGGAGGAGACGGACGGGCGUGGCGACCGGUCGGAGGAGCUGCUGGUGCGCUACCGACCCGACUCCGGCUGCUACGCCAGCGUCGGAUACCGGGGGUUCACCGGCGCUGAUUCGCCGCCGCAGCUCCUGGUUCUGGGAGACGGCUGCUUCAACAUGGGCAUACUGCUGCACCUGCUCGGACACACGCUGGGUCUGUGGCACGAGCAUAACCGGCCCGACCGGGACAGCUGGAUGGACGUGAACAUGACGAACGUCGAUCCGGCGCACGUGGACGCCUUCCGCACCUUCACGCUCAACCAGCACCGCGUCGUCGACCGGCUCGACUACUCGUCGGUGAUGAUGUUCGGCGGACACGCGUUCUCGUCCUCCGGCAGCGUCACCCUGCGGCCUCACUGGUCCAACAGCGGCACCCUGGUCCCACUGCAGAACAAGACGCAGCUUAGUGAACAGGAUGUCGACCGCGUGCAGGCCAUGUAUAUCAGGGUGUGCAGCAAACGAAGGCGGCUCGAGGAGUCCUGACCGGGAGAGGGGUCACGCCUGACGGGGAUGGAGGGACAGAGGCCAGGUCACACCUGACAGACAUCCGGGGACGGCGGCAGGGCAGCCGGCGAGAGGUCCUUCAGCGAGGGUCACUGCAGCUAGCGAGAGACCCUUGGGGCAGGGGCAGGGCAGCUGGCGAGAGGCCCUAGGUACAGGGCAGGGCGGCUGGCGAGAGGCCCUUUGAGCAGGGACAGAGCGAAGCUUUGUGAAGGCCCUAGGAACGGUGGGGUGUUACGGCUUCACGAAGACUUGAGAAUUCUGGUUCGGUCAAGAGACAAGAGGGAGACUGGGCUUCCCAUAGAAUCUGCAGCUACACUCAGUAGGGUAGAGUGCGUCUUGGCGGGAUAUCCUGCGUCGCUCGUAUCGUCACUGUGGCAUUGUCUUGUAUCAGGACAACCAGCGGCCAAGGCGUGAAUCUGCUGCCGGAAAAACUUCGCACCAGUGGUUGUGCAUUUGCAAGUCGCAGUCGCUUCAGGCGCUACCAAUGCUGCUUGAAGCUUGGGAUGUUCCAACAUAUCGGCGAGUCGGCCAUUGUUGUUGGUUUUGUAUUGUGACGGAGGAUACUGAGUGUUAUGGGGUACCAUGUAACGUACGUACGCAGCCGCUAUGCUACGAGUUGUUCAAUUUCAAGUGUGAAUGCUGACAAUAAGCUCCCUGAGCUACUGGGAGUCCAAAGAAUACAUACAAGACGUGGAUCUUACUUCUCGCUUCAAUGGCCUACUGCUCGAAGUCACUUCUCUCACCGAACACUCUCCGAAGAGCUACAUAGCACUACCAUCGAAUUAUACCAGAGUAUAAGUACGACUGGCAGAUAGUUCCGCCACAGGAGGCCGUAACCACUGUGCUAACCGUUAUGACGCGUCAUGUCCCUACAUAACGACGUUCAGGUCGGACACUGCCGCUUACGGAGGACGAAUGUUGACUGGGGGGUGGGGGGUGGGGGUGGGGGGAGUUCGAAAGUUGUUCGAAGUUCAGGGUAGGUGUGGAGUGAGGAUUGAGGAAGGUGACCAGUACCCACUCAGAACCCAUACGAGCAGAUCACGUCCACUUACGACGCCUCAGCUGCACCGAGUCGGUACCUCUCUUUUGUCGGGUGACUUCGUUAGCGGGAGGUUAUAGGGAACAUCUCUUACCAAAGAGCGACUCACGCAAGAGUUAAGGUAGUCCAUUCCGGAAAUUUCGAACAAUAACAAGCCGUUAUCACAACUCAAGUAAACAAAUUUGCAGCAAGUUUGCGGUCACUUUUGUCGAUGGAAUAAAUUUGUUGUCGCGAG